AUGGCUUUAGAUACCAUCAUCACAAGCACAACAGAGGACAUUGAUAAGGAUGAGACCAGCUUCCUUCAAUUGGUUGUCUCUGCUUUCCGGGCUCAAAAGAAUAUCUCAUCUGUAUCAGUUGAGUUUAUGAAAGACCUGAUCCUCCGAACGGCUACUGGGCUGUUUUACAAGAAAGAAAUAGAUGUGCUGGGAAAACGAAAGUCCCCUCUGGAUGUCUAUCGCGAAGCAAUUCUUACCGUGGGUGAAUACACAGAUGUUGCAAACCACUCCGAAGAUGAAAGAUUCGAAGAUGAAUUUGAAAGAAGGAUGAUCACCAAGAAUCCUUAUGAUAAUAUCUCCGAGGAGACCGAACUUCUCCGAGAGGUCAAAGACAUUUCCGAUGAACUCAACAUGCUGAAAAAUCUUGCUGAAGACCAAGAAGAUGUAUGGAAGCAGGUCUGGAAGGACGAACAUAAGCCAGAUUCUGGUUUUACCCAUGAAAUUCCAUCUGAUAUUAAAGGGGAGAUUGAGGAGAUGAUCAAGGAGGCCGAUUUCGUACAACAGGCCAUCAAUGCGCUACUUGAUCUCAAACAGAAACAGGCUAACAUUGUCGAGGCCAAGUACACACGCAAGCAGAGUGAUGAUACUGCAGUGCAGGGUGACACAAUCAUGGUAUUCACAGUGGUGACCAUUCUCUUCGUAAGUCUCGUUUGUUUGGUGAAUAUUUGA